GUCGAGCCAUCGUCGCAUGUGACUGUUUGAAAAUGAAAAUGACAGGCGUGAGGGUUUUGGGGCGCCUCUUUCCUCUUUACCUACCUUCAUUCUCUUCUUGUAUCCUAUAGAAACCAGGCCGGCCUCGCUCUCUGGUCUUAUGGGCCAGAACCUCCGGAACCUAGAACACUAAUACGCUCGGGUCGGUGCCUGAUUCACGACCACGACGGAUCCUUCUGGCGCAUAUCCAGACCGUGUUCCUGGGGAGCUCGUCUGAAGAGCAAUAACCCCAGAUGCACAAGCUUCUUCUGCAAUGAGUCAAAAUGUCCAUUCCUUGGGUCCAACGUGCGCAUUUUAUGACGAGGAAGAUGAUGAUUCUACAACCGACGGCUCCAAUCCUCCAAGGGUGAAAGCUCAGUUCUUCUACGUAUCCGCGCUCCCUAUCGACGACCCUCUCUCUCCUCUCCCGCCUUUAUCUGCCGAUCGAGCGACUGAUUUCCCUCCGAAGCCAUUUUCUUUGCGAGACAACGCGGCCUUGGAAGAAGCCUGGCAAGCAUUCCAGCAUGGCGGAAAUGGCUCUGUUCGCGACCGAGGUGAAGACACAAGGGCAAACCUUGCACGCGGUAUCAUCUCGUUCCCUGAUUUCAGAGACUCUAGUGGAUCUUCUCCUCAGCCGGCACAUGCAACGGAUCAGGGAAAGAGUGGAACAAGGACGCGGGGAGCUCGCAAACAGAAACAGGCCGAGGGUGAAGUCACGCUGGACCAAAUACCUUCGGACUCGAUGAAGAAUCCUAAGCCAGUGGACGCUCAAGAAUUACAAGACAAUCCAGAUCCCCAAGAAGUCAUUCAGGAGGCCCCCAAGCACAAGAGACACUUCUCCCCGUUCCGACAUAGACACAAGAAAGGCACAGCUAGUCGCGACAGCUCUCCGAAACCCGUGAAGAUUGACGAGGCUCAAGCAGCUCAACCACAGUCAACGGCAGCUUUCAACUCUGACAUUAGCGGUCGACCAUUUGCUCGAGCACCAAGCGGACGCGACAUUAGUUCGGCUUUCAAUGCCACAGCAGUGUAUGCUUCCUCAGAUGAAUCAGGCGUCGACUCAAGAGACAAGAGUCGAUCGCGAACUGGGAGCCGUCGUCGCCAAAAAGGGAAAGAACAAGAAAAGGUCUUUGUGCCUGUUGGAGUUUCACGCCUUCAUUUGGUAGAAAUGCCGGACUUGAUCAUGAAACCCAUCUACUGGUCGCCAAUCAACGACACUUCAAACGUCAUCAGGGCCACCUGGUUCUACAAAGACACGAUGCUGCCAGUGCCGGCCGAGGUCGCCAAUCGUUUGGAGGUAGGCUAUGAGUAUAUGACGCCAUACGCCGAAUCCUACCAAGAAGAGUUACAGGCUUGCAUUGACAAUGGCGCGUCUGCGGAAAUGAAGGUUGUCCAUCAGCUAUGGCCUGACGAUCCGAAACCCAGUAGACCAGGUACGGCCAUGGACAUGAAAGAGAGCAAGAAAACGGGCGCUCAGGAAGAAGUCGACAAACAGCUACCUGAACAGCUAGCCAAUGCCGCCGCCGACCCUCGCAAGGCAAAGGACAGACGACUUUUCUCAACACAUAGCGUAAUUUAUCUUGACUCCAGAAAUGCGCAGAUACUCAAACCCAGCCUCUUACCGUCCAUCAGCCAAAACCGGCGACCUCUGAGCUCUCUGCGGAAAGGAAGACAGAUAGGGGUGGCUGUUGUACGUGGUUUCGACCGCAAGGCAUGGUCGAAAAUUCAUCCCGAUCCGAAGCUGGAUUCCAAAGCUGCUCACGCCAAAGUAGGAGCAUACAUGUCGCAGUCAGGAGUUGCUGCGACCAGAGGACGACGAAUGUCUUGUCAUGCUUGCGAUCAAGACUCCAAAGCCCCCAAGGUAUCUGACCUCGUCCUCGUCAUUCAUGGCAUAGGUCAGAAGCUUUCGGAAAGGGUUGACAGCUUCCACUUUACACAUGCCAUCAACAGUCUGAGACGUGAGUUCAACGUCGAGUUGUCUACCGAGGCUGUCAAAGGCAAUCUGAGAAAGGGAGCUGGUAUCAUGGUCUUGCCAGUCAAUUGGCGGCUAACGGUCUCCUUCGAUGAAGAUGACGGGGCGUCCAAAGAGAACGCAGAAAACAAAUAUGCCUUGAAGGACAUUACUCCUGACAGUCUUCCAAGUGUGCGGUCUCUGAUUAGCGAUGUCAUGUUGGAUAUACCCUACUAUAUGUCCCAUCACAAGGACAAGAUGACCUCGGCUGUUAUGCGAGAAGCAAACCGUGUCUACCGACUGUGGUGCCGAAACAAUCCUGGUUUUGAAGAUUAUGGUCGGGUUCACCUGGUUGCUCAUUCGCUUGGGUCGGUCAUGGCUAUGGAAAUACUUAGCAAACAGCCUACCAAGCUCGGUAAGGACAUGGGAAUCGAUGCCAAAAAGCCAAGCGAGAAAUUCUUCGAAUUCAACACUACGAACUUGUUCUGCUGCGGUAGUCCUAGUGGAUUCUUCUUGCUCCUGAACAACGCUAGUCUCAUACCUCGCAAAGGUCGAAACAAGCCCGGGAUGGAAGGGGAAGACCGACAAGCAGGUCUUGCGAGCGAGGCUAGAUAUGGCUGCCUUGCGGUUGACAACAUCUACAACAUCUGCCACCGAAACGAUCCGAUUUCGUACCUUCAAAAUGCCUCCGUCGACCAACUUUACGCCGCCUCACUUCAGCCAGCCUCGAUCCCAAGUGCAAGCGUAGGAUUCAUCACUAGAAUCGGUAAGAGUCUGCGCUGGGGAUCGAGCUCGGCAUCAGAUGCGUAUACGGCCGUCGUGCCGACAACUCGGCCUGAGCUGCAACAUUUUCCAAGCACGGUUGAGUUGGAGACACACAACUUCACUCGCGAAGAGAUCGCCGAGAAGAGGAUGUAUCUGCUCAAUGACAAUGGGCAGAUUGAUUGGUUUUUGAAUUCAGGUGGCGGUCCCCUUGAAAUUCAAUAUCUCAACAUGCUUAGUGCGCAUAGCAGUUACUGGAUCUUGCAGGACUUUGUCAGAUUUUUGGUUGUGGAAAUUGGACGAGAGCCAGGGAAACAGCAUACCUUGCCGGCCUUGAGGGCGGUCAAGAAGAGAGAGUACAAGAGAGGAGAAAUCGCUUAGCCGUCUGUGAUUGGGGUAUGGGUGGCAUCUGCAGCGUUCAAGCAUACUUGCAUUGGUGAAAAGCUCGAAGCCAUGUUGGAACUGGAUAGAGCAUUGGAUAGAGGGCUGCGUGACGGGGCGUUUUUUGCGUUGGUUAUUCUUACGAUAUUGAUACCCGUCCCCAUCUGAGCCUGUCGUUAUAGUAAGACGCGGCUUGAAUUAUACCCUAUCAGUAGGAAUGUACAUGUACAACACCUCAAUGAAGUCAUUUGUAA